CUCCGAGGUUUACCAUGAUGGGAAAAGUCAGUGAGUUUGUUUCUUUCCAUUCCUCACCAGGCUGCCAGCUCUCUUCCUCUCUGAUCCCCAAGUGAUCUGGAAUCCAGAGGGAUCGCCACUCCAGGACCCUGCCAAACUGGAGCCAACAUGUGCCACACCCCAGAGCUCAAAGUCUGGAUUUCGCCUCCUCCUGUGACCCACACCAGGGACUAGAAGACUGGAGACUUCCUUCCCUUUGGUUUUUGGUUCUCCUGCCAGGAGUUGGUGAUUGGGUCCCAUUUCAUCUCAGCCCCAUCUGGAGAAGGAAGGAAGGCCCUGGAUUCAGCUUGCAAGGGUUAAAGAGCUGGAUCCCAUCUGAUCCUGUGGUGCGGCAGGAGGAACAGGCUGGCCUGAAAAGAUCAUGCAAAAAGAACACUGUGAGCUCCUCCGACAGCAGCCACUGCCGCCACCUCUGCACUGGUCCAAAGACCCAGGGCAUGUCCAGGUGGCUGUGCGAAGCUCGAGGACUCGGCCUGAGCCUGGAGACUUUGCCCCUCCAAGAGUCCUGCCCAGGAAGACCUUGCUAGUUGUGGAUAUCGUGUGCCUACUUUUGGCUACCAUCCCAUUCCUCAUUUGUGAGCUUGGCCUUGUCUCCCCUGUGCGCCGUGGCUUCUUCUGCAACGACAGCAGCAUCAGCUACCCACUCCAGCAGACUGAAACCAUCACUGACCUGGUGCUCAUCUCAGUGGGCAUUCCUAUUGCCUUUAUCACAAUCACUCUGGGCGAAAGCUUCCAUGUGCGCACAGUGCCUCACAGUUCACGUUCCAUAGUGUCCAACCCUUAUGUGGCCGCCCUCUACAAGGAGAUGGGUGCCUUCUUCUUUGGUUGCGCUGUGAGCCAGUCACUCACCAACAUGGCCAAGCUUGCGGUUGGUCGCCUCCGCCCAUACUUUCUGGCUGCAUGUCGACCCAAUUUUACUCACAUCGACUGUUCAGCUGGAUACUUGGAAGACUAUGUCUGCACUGGUGGGGCAUCUGCAGAAAAAGAGGCUAGAAAAUCCUUCUACUCUGGCCAUGCCUCCUUUGCAAUGUAUACUAUGGUCUAUCUAGUGUUUUACCUGCAGGCCCGGUUUACAUGGCAAGGUGCACGAAUGCUGCGCCCAUUGGUCCAGUUUGUGCUCCUCAUGGUGGCAGUGUACACGGGGCUGACCCGCAUCUCUGACUAUCGGCACCAUCCAUCGGAUGUGGUUGUGGGACUGGUGCAAGGGGCACUCGUGGCCUACUGGGUGGCCUUUCACAUUUCCAGCAUGUUUCAUUGCAAACACCAUCCAUGCCCUCCACCAUCCACAAUCUUGGUCACCGCCAGCUCAGAUUGCCACACUGAUUGCUAGGGACAUGCUCACAGACUUAGUGGGCAGGGGACUAAAUCAACUGUGCCAUUGUUGCUCCACAUUCACUGCCAUGUUGAGCACCAGAGUGGGACACCCAUUGCCUGGAUGCUUACUGGGGUCCAUUAGAAAUCUUUGCUCACUGCUGUGCCAACCUUCGCUGCGACAUCUCUUGCUGGGUGCUCCAAGGGGUAAUGGGAUUUGGUGCCUUCUUGGGAAAUUGGGGCACCUUUGCACCAACACCAAAGAUUAUUCCAUCCUCUCAGUGUGACACCUGGCAGCCCGGCUUUGGAUUUGGACAUAAGACCACUCCUCUCUUCCCCUCCAUGAAAGGACACCACAUCCACAUCACCACUGCCGGGAUGGGCUUCCUUCUUAGACAGCGCUCCCAGAGGAAACUCAAGAAGGAAAUGCCAUCUUUUUUUAGUGUUUUUUUUUAAAUAGUAUUAUUGUUCAGGAAGACCUGCCCUUCCUCCUCACUGGGUUUGGAAAUGAUCUCACUCUUGAAGUAAUAUGCACACAGACUGUUUUUCAAGGAACAGGACUGACAGUUGUGGAGAAUUCAGGGCCUGCUACUCCAGUGGUGGGUCCUUGCUGUUCGAAGGGCAGUUGUGUCUCUUGCCGGAACGUAUACAUGAAGGAAUGAACCACAUAUUCUGCAGGUGAAGAAAGGAGGAGUGUGCCUGGAAAAUCACAGAGUAGGCCCAAUGGAUUCCUGCCAGUAUGCUGCUGCUGUGUUCAGAUACCUCCUGCAAGUAUCUCACACCCCCUUGCCUCUUCCACCACCACCUCAUAAUGUGAAUGGGAUUUUUUUAAUAUAUAAUAUAUAAUAAAUGGUACUGACAAUCAUCAGUUUUAUUAGCUGCCACUUAGUAAAGGGUGGGCCAAGCAGGUUGGGAGUGCCACAUAGACUGCUUCGGACCACAGGACGUUCCUCCUAGCCAAGGAUGCUUUGUGCCAAACUACUGGCAUUGGCUGGUUUGAGUUCCUUGUGCUUCCACUUAAAUAGAAUGUUAAUGUUUGACACAGAAUAAGAUCCUGAAAUGCUUAGCUUUCAUUUUUUAAAAAUGUGUGCUUCUUA